AUGUCCAGGCCAAGGAACACGGGCUGGCUGGGCCUUUCGCUGUCCUAUGUCUUGGGUGAGCGGCUGCAGGUCUGUGGAAAUGAAUGCAUAGCUGGCCAUCUGGAGGCCACCAGCCCAGGCCUGCAGCGCCCUGGGGAGCUUUCCCUGCUAGCUCGAGGACAUCCACAAGCCCUCGUCCAGAAAACGACCUGGACCCAGCUGCCCCAUAGAGGAGCUCGAGGGGCUCUGUACCCCAGUGCUGACUUUUUCACCACACGGCAGCCCUUGGCAGCCAGCGUUGGUGCAUAUGAGUGUAACUGCGGAUGUGAGAGUAAUGCGUCAAAUGAGGUGUCGAUAGGAAAGAGCAGGAGGGGAGAGUGGGGCCUCCCCUUCUGGUGGCAGAACUGGUUCAUCGCGACCGGGGCUGCACAGCUGCAGACCCGCUGUGCACAAUGCUGCUGCAGGGAUGCACAAGUUGUCCAGAACGAAUAUUUUCAGGACGAUGCCGUUAGUAUUGAAAGCGGUACCAACACGGAACGCCCCGACACCCCAACAAACACUCCUAAUGCACCAGGAAGGAAAAGCUGGGGCAAAGGAAAAUGGAAGUCAAAGAAGUGCAAAUAUUCCUUCAAAUGUGUAAAUAGCCUAAAGGAGGACCAUGGUCAGCCUUUGUUUGGAGUCCAGUUUAACUGGCACAGUAAAGAAGGUGAUCCUCUUGUUUUUGCCACUGUAGGCAGCAACAGAGUUACUUUAUAUGAAUGUCAUUCUCAAGGAGAAAUACGUUUGUUACAGUCCUAUGUAGAUGCUGAUGCAGAUGAAAAUUUCUAUACCUGUGCUUGGACAUAUGAUAGCAAUACAAGCCAUCCUCUCCUGGCUGUGGCAGGGUCCAGGGGUAUUAUUAGGAUAAUUAAUCCUAUUACAAUGCAGUGCAUAAAGCACUAUGUAGGCCAUGGAAAUGCAAUCAAUGAACUGAAAUUCCAUCCAAGAGAUCCAAAUCUCCUCUUAUCUGUAAGCAAAGAUCAUGCAUUGAGACUGUGGAACAUCCAGACAGACACGCUGGUUGCAAUAUUUGGAGGAGUAGAAGGGCACAGGGAUGAGGUGUUAAGUGCAGAUUAUGAUCUUCUUGGUGAAAAAAUCAUGUCCUGUGGGAUGGAUCACUCUCUGAAACUCUGGAGAAUUAAUUCCAAGAGAAUGAUAAAUGCCAUCAAAGAGUCUUAUGAGUACAAUCCAAAUAAAACGAAUAGGCCUUUUAUUUCUCAGAAGAUUCACUUUCCUGACUUUUCUACCAGAGACAUACAUAGAAACUAUGUUGACUGUGUACGAUGGUUGGGAGAUUUAAUUCUUUCCAAGUCUUGUGAAAAUGCCAUUGUGUGCUGGAAACCUGGCAAAAUGGAAGAUGAUAUAGAUAAAAUCAAGCCCAGUGAGUCAAACGUGACCAUACUUGGGAGAUUUGAUUAUAGUCAAUGUGAUAUUUGGUACAUGAGGUUUUCCAUGGAUUUCUGGCAAAAGAUGCUUGCUCUGGGCAAUCAAGUUGGCAAACUUUAUGUUUGGGAUUUAGAAAUAGAGGAUCCUCAUAAAGCCAAGUGUACGACACUUACUCAUCCUAAAUGUGUUGCUGCCAUACGACAAACCAGCUUUAGCAGGGAUAGUAGUAUCCUUAUAGCUGUUUGUGAUGAUGCCAGUAUCUGGCGCUGGGACAGACUACGAUAAGUUACCUUUUCUUAAUUCAAAGUAGAAAAUAUAUUUUCAAAUUAUAAUAUAGUCUGUUAACUUGCUAGUCUGGUAGAUGCAUUUAGUGUAGACUUUCUCUGAGGUUCAGCAGACUGAAGCUGAACUUAGGGGUGUUUACAUUCUGUGUAAUGUUCUGCUUGAACUCUGCUGCUUUUAAUAAAAAGAAGUAUUUUUGUAAAGGUU